CGGCUGCAGCGCUGCUGCUCAUUGUUGCCUUGUUUGCAGCAGGAGAGAGACAGACACAGAGGCAUAGAACUGCGGCUGCCGUCUCCAUUCCAUUCCAUUACAUUGCACUUCACUUGCCUCUUUCAGAUUCAAACAGAGGCACAGAACUGCGGCCGCCCCAUUGCAUUGCACUUGCCUCUGUGCACCCAAACUCUACGCAAGCAAGCCGCACCAUGUCAACCAGCAAGGUGGAGAAAGCUGUGGAGCGGCCCCAGAAGGAUCUGAAGAAAGCGGCCGGGGUGGAGCCGGAGAACGGCAAGGGCGACGCUCCAGCAAACGGCAAGGCGGAGAAUGGGGAGCAGGAAGUAGAGGAGAAAUCAGAUGAGGUUGAGGAUGAAAGCGAAGAUGUUGGUGAGGAUGACGAGGAGGAAGAGGAUGAAGAAGAUGAAGAAGGUGAUGAAGAAGAACCUGAGGGAGCGGCAGAGAAACGAGUGGCUGAUGAUGAAGAGGCUGAUGUUGCGAAGAAGAAGCGGAAGACAGAAGCUGAGUAGAGUGUACCUCCUCCCACAAUCUCCCGCCCCCCCAAUCUCCACUGUCCAUGAAGCUUGGUCACUGUCUCUAACUAGGGUGUACACCAAUGUAAGUCCGCGGCAGAAUUUUUUAAAGUACAGUUACUCAGACUUCAUUGCCCUCCUUCUUUCUUAAAAUCCUAAAAGGAGAGUUUGUUUGUAUUUUCAUUUACAUUUUAUAUUUUUGUACAUAUGGUUGGGGAGCUGCCAAUUUGAGCAGCGACCUCUGGUGACCAAACAGGGCUUUGAAGUUCUUCUGUAAAACGGACGACACUGGUGGUUUGACCAAGACUUCACCACAUUAUCAUAAAGGUAACCUGUAAAAAAGAAAAAAAUUAAAAUAAAUAAAAUCACACCAUUAAUUUGAUCAUUGCGAUAAUUGUGUAUGUACUUUAGCUGUACGAUAAGUAGUUGGUUUGUAUGAGGUGGAAAGGCCAAAGAUCAUUUUUUUCUUUUUGUCCGAGAUACUGUCCAUUGCGGCCUGUUGUAUGUGUGAACCAAUUUGAUGUCCAAUAAACCGCAAUUUUAUUUUGCCGAGUUUUUCUGAUGAA